CAACGACAAAGCUCUAUUUACUGUUUCUCUAUGAAUUUUUGUAAACAUUUUCGUUUGAACAUGUGCAUUUUGUAUUUAUUUUUUGUUUUGUAUAUGUAGGACAUGAAAUCUUUUGUUUGCACACGUUAAAAUAUAAAAUGUCCGGUUACCUCGAAGUGAAAUAUCCGUUCAGAUCAAAUCUCGGCUUGAAUCCAUUCAAGUCAUGGAAGAGGCAGUGGUGCAUACUGCGGCCGAGUCCGACGUGCUCGGGGGGAUGUCUGGCGGUGUACUGCAGCGAGGCAGGCGCUUCGGCGGGUAGCGUGGAGCUGCCGUCGGGGUGCGUGGUGCGCAGGGCGAAGUCUCGCACGCGGCCGCACGCGUUUGCAGUGUUCACGCUGGAGGAGCCGUGCAAGCCGCGCGUGCUGCUGGCCGCGUCGAGUCUGCACGACGCGCAGCUCUGGAUGGAGAAGAUCCGCUCCUUGUUGAGCGGCAACAGAAUACUGGGCACAGAGCUUCUAAAAGGUUCCUACUCAGUAUCCGUCGCCAACACGGAGUUGUCGCGCAGGGUCGGACUCAGCGGCGUGGACGGGGUCGUGACCCCCUCUGCCGCCGGCCUGCUGGUGGCCCCCGCCCACAAACUGCCCACAUACGUCGAGUGGAGACACGUCGCCGAAGUAGUGUUGGUUGACGUUGAUAACAGUAAAACCUGCGUGGUUAAAGUUGAUAGAGAGUUCCCGAGCGGCGGCGGUGAGUUGAGAUUCACGUCGCCCGCUGCGCAGGAGUUGACAACAGCAUUGAAACGCGCUCACACACACACCAACACUAAGGCGAAGAAACUGAGCAAGAGCGAAGGCGACCUGCGUACAGCCAAGUGCAGCGACGAGAUGGGCGAAGUGCGUCGCAGCAGUUGGUACAGCGGCCCCUCUGAGGUGUCGCUCGACGAUAUAGAGCUGGUUAUGUCCAAGGAAUCGAAGCGCAUCCCCAACGGUCAGCUGUCGCGGUACAGCGGCGCGGGAGACCUCGCCCCGCCCGCCACCGUCACACAACCUGAACUCGUCUCGCCUCCCACCUUCGAUGACAGCAUGUCGGACCGGCGCUCGCUGCUGUCGGUAGCGUCGGGCAUAUACGAGGAGAUUCCCGACCUGCCCGACACCGCCUCCGAGCCCAAGACUGAGGCACUCUACUGCAAGAUGGGCCGGGACGUGCCCGAUGGAAUUAUCAAGUUGAAAAGCCUGGAGAGUAAGCGGCUGGAGAGCGUGGCGGACGCGGAGGGCGGCGAGGGCGAGGAGGAGCCCAUGUACGAGUCGGUGUACGAGUGCGUGUACGCCACCAUGCGCCGCAACAAGCGACGCCCGCCGCCGCCUCUACCGCCCAGGCUGUACGGCACGCUGAAGAGUGGUUGUGCGGGCGUAACGCGACACUCGUCGUUGUGUUCGCUGGCACGCGCCGCGCCCGACGACUGCAAGCACAGGACUCUGCCGCGCUGGGACAAGUCCCGACAGGCGUUCAGCGUCUUCAGAAAAAGACUCAAAAGCGACUCGCGCAUCGCUAGCUCGCCGAAAUCGGAAACGUCCAAAGAGAACAAAGACGUCGAGACAAAGAAGAAAAAGUUCGACUUUACUCCCACGCGCGACAUAUUCAAGAGCUUCAAGGUGAGUCGCAAGAUGAAGAAUUUGAAAAUAACAACAGGCGGACUCAACAAGGGCGAGACUAAGAGCUGCGAGUUCCUAGACGAGACAGAACAUGUCACUACCAACCGGUGUUCGAAAUCAGUAGAGUGUUUGGAAGGCAAUGACGAGUUCCUGAACGAGUAUGGCGCGGAUUUAUCGAUAGAGUUCAACGAAGAUGCUGUCGCAGCACUGUCUCUGCCGCAAGAGAUUGUCGACUUACUGCUAGGCACGGAGCAACUCAGCAGAGUGCAGGUGAGACUGAAAGAGGAUGAGAGUGAGUACAUGCCGAUGUCUCCGAUAGUUCCUCCGCCGCCAAUCGAACACCACUAUAUCGCAAUGUCCCCGCGGACCAACAUCGCCUGAUUUCUAGUCCCUUACGAGCUGUGUUAACGUGAGUUCGGAUUUUUAUCGACUUUUAUUAAGUUGCCAUUUUGGUAUCGAGUCGACAGUCGCCUCGAAGUAUCGAUAUUCAUCGAUAAUUAAUGUGACGUGAAGUAUAAACACUUUAAAAAUGCAUUUGAUUUAUCGAUAAUCAUAUCGAUGUUGCCGAGUCGAUAAUUAAAGCAGACGCAAUGUGUCGGUAAAAAUCCACUAUGUACAUAAGCCCUGAAAUAAUAUUUUUUGAAGGUCGACUUUGUAAUCUUGUCCCAACACUGUUUAUCGAUAUUUAUAAAAAUAUUCCCGCAGAUUUCGUAUUUUAACUCACCAAUAGGUAUGAUUAAACAGUGUUAAACUAAUCAAUAUUUGUCACUUCGGGAAAUAAUUUAAGUCAGAGACACAUUCAAAUUAGUUGAACAAUGAUUAAAAAUAUUUAUCGAUAAGUAUCAUAGUGGUUAAGCAAUAAAGAGUUCUAACUUAUUGAACGAAACGCUACGCUCACGUAUAUCGAAAAGUCAAUAUAAAAGUAUUAUUUUCUGUAGAAAUUGCAUCACAAGUAGUAGUACAUGCUAAGAAUUAUUUAUUCGUCACGUAAAUUCUCUGGGCAAUAAUUGAUGUGCAACAUGUUUACCAAUGUCGCAGGACAUAUAUUUUAUAGUACUGGCAGUGAAUAUUACAUGAUUAUGGAACUAUAGACAAGAGAUAUAAUUAUCCAAAGUGGAUAUCAUAAAAUGGCUGAAGAAAGAGAUAACAGGUAAGCUACGAUUUCGUAGAGCAUCCUCUCUGUCACUCGCAUCUAUGUGGCAUUCAUCUCUGAUUUGCUUAAUCUUGUUUUAUAGAUCAAUGUAGUAUUUUUUGUCAAGUAUUGACUUCAAAGGUCUGCCAUAGUUGUGAAUGAAAAACCGCAGACAUACUAACGUCAUCACCUAGCAACAUCACGUUAGUACCACGUUAAGAAAUUUUUUAACGUCACGUGCUGUGCAUCAAAUGUUGCCCGGUAUACAAGCUUUAAACAAAGAACACAGUUAAUAAGAAUGGCCUAAUUUUUUUUUAAAAUUAUAACGCGAAUUUUGUUGACGUGAUAUAAAAACAAAAUUAACGCGUAACUGGGCAUUAGUAAAAGCGCCCUCUAUUAUCAAAGGCGCCUAAACAUAUCGAUAAUGUUCUAAAGUUCAGUCGAUUUAAAUCGAUUGUAAACGAUAAAGUUCGCAUUUUGAAUAUAUCAACGCUUAGUAUAGUCGCGCAAGUAGGGUAAAUAUACACAGGCCGUUUUUGCCUACUGUUGAAGGAAGUACCCCUUUUUAAUUGGGAAUUUGGUAUGUCAAAUAACAUUGGUCCAAAGCAUUGGCCGCGAUGGUUUGGUGUGGACCGGAAAGAUUGGCUAUUUGAAAGAUGUUUGGUUAAAGUAAAAUAUUAGGAAAGUAUGAAAGAAAAUUAUUAAAAUAUAUUCUAGAGAUAGGUUCAGAUUCGGUGUGAAAUCGAUUUUUUUAUCGACUAGUAAUGUGAAGUUUGUUUCGAUUGUUGUGAGUAGUUAGACAAGUUUGUAUAUGUUGAAAUGUUAGGUCAAAGCACUGCCAAAUAUCAUAGGGUUAAGGGUUGUUUUCGCGAAGCUCGACUGUGUAGCAAUCAAUUGAUUUAUAAUAAUUUGUCUAUAAAUAACAACUUAGAAAACCAUUAUUACAAUAUUGUUGGAAGUACAUAAUCUACCAAAAGAGCAAACAUAUUAAUCUAUAUAUAUUUGCUAGUGGUAACUACUAGCAAAUUGUUGCUCGAAAACUAUGGAUAAGGUAAUAUACCCGAGAAUAAAAUGAGUAACAAUGAAUAAAAUUAAUUUAAUUAUAGAUCCGAUUUGUACUGAUGUGCGUAUCCAUAAUUUUGCUAUAGACAGUCUGGCUUCAUGUAGAGGAAAUGAAUAUCAUUUGGUUGUAGUUAUGAUGAACAAAGACUAUACGUAUUAGUGGAAAUGGGACUUGAACGCGAGUGUAUGGGAGUAGUGACAGUGCCUCUUUAGGGUGAAAAUAUGUGACCAAUGGGCCCCAUGCCUUGUAUGAUGCCUAAUAGAGCCAAUUGACUGAAGAUUCGGCACUGAUUGGGGGGUCACGGGCUCGAUCCCCCAAAGAAUCUCGUGACUUACGUGAAUUGUUAUAAUUAAUUCAAGUACAUUGAAAAAUAAUUGUUAGUUAUAAGCGCUUGCUUUCGAAAGUGCGUGGCCGCAUUUAUUGUGGUUUGGGUCCUGGGACCCCUGAAAAUAGCUGCGCCUUAUGGUUUUAAAAUAAAACAUGGACACUGCUCUGAUUUCUUUAUCAUGCUAUAGAGAUUGAUUUUUUAGACACUUUUGUGAUUUUUUCGAGACUCAACCAUAUUUUUGCCAUUCAAGGUCGAGAUUACAUUAGAAUAUAAUAAUAAUUUCACAAUCAUCAUUGAAAAUAUUAUAAACAACAGAUUCGGAGUCCAGUGAAUGUAUCUAAUAGUGUAAUUUUAACACUGCGUCGAAACCACGACAAGUCGAAAAAAGGAUAUGGAAUGGCCGACAUAGGUAUAUCCUCGAUAUCCCAUUAAAACAUAUAACAGUAACGAAACACCCUGUAUAAAUAAAUUAUUAGAUCGAGUCGUUUGAGUGAGUACAUGGAAACAUUAAUUUAUUUUAUCACUUGUGUAUGAACAUGCGACCGAUAUGUUGGAGUGGGAUUAUUUAUAGUUCCUCGUAGUAGGAUAUAUUUUAUAUUCGCUCGGAUAGCGACCACUGUACACAGGGUGUUAAGACUCGCCAUAGAGGCCCACGUAAGUGUCAUCUUCCGGGAUCAGCUUGUGUAUACUUGGUACCCACAGGUCAGCAUAAUUGUGUUGACUGUUGAGGGGUAAUCAUCUCUCGUCAGUCGACAUUCUAUUGGAUCUCCUCCACUUACCAUCAGGUGCAGUGGGGUCCAUUCAGGGUUUCAUUUUCUUCCUUAAUCUGUCAUUAAGAACAUAAUGGCAAGUUUCUUUAGUAAUUUACUGUAGUAUUUCUAGUGUUAUUGGUUAAACAAAAUGAAAAUUGUCUUUUUAAAAAUAAGCUAAUGAAUUCACCCGUCCCAUUGGCGAUGAAGAGUUUAAAUCUUAGACCCAGCUCUGGCUGUAAUAAGAUGAGUGAGUGAGACAACAUUCAUUGUAUUUAUUAAAGUUGCAAGAAAUUUGAUGGCAGCUAUUUUAGUAUAGAAAUAGGGUUACUCACUCAAUCGUCAGAUGUGGGACAGGUACCUAGCAAGAGCUGGGUGUAUGUCGCUCAACUACUCCGGCAGCAUGUUGAUGUUGCAGAACAUGUUUAUAAACAUACUACAUACUCAAACGACUCGUUCCCGUAAUAUUAAAACUGUAUAAUAUUUAGAGUAAGUACGGCUUGUUUCGCUGAGGUGUUGUGAUAUUUAAUAUUAUUGUUGAAACGUUCGCAGAGCUUAAGCUUUUGUUGAUUUUUUCUCUAUUUCUAUUUAAAGGCCGUGGUGACGGGGUCAAUAGAAACCUCCCCAUGAUAAGUCAAUUUUGAAAAUAUCUGAUAUUUUAAGUCGUAUACAAUAUUUAAAAAAUAGCAUUAUGUACUUGAAUAAUCAUAAUUUGUUGAUAUGUAACUAUGUUCCAAAAUAUACAAUAAAUAUGAUUAUUUUUAAGUAUAUUAAUUACCCCAUCUCCACGGCCUAUCGCGUGUUGGAUCCAAACGUUUGUCGCAUACAGCCUACGUUUGUCCACACUCGUCCAAUAUUUGUGUGUGUUAGUCAAAAGUUUAACAGUAUUCAGCUAUUGAUAUUAAGCCUUUAAUGUUUAGCUUCCUCACGGCGUUCCAUUUCAUCCCCAGUUUACACUUAGUAUCGCUUAGGGUGCGGUCACACAGGUGACAGAGAGCUAUAAAAUUAUGAAUUAAAAAAGUUCAAAAUUGAUACGUCGUUGAAGUUGCAUUUAAGUUGGCCAGGGAAGAAACAUAUAUGUGUAAACUGGUGAUGAAACGAAAUGCCUUAGUUUAAUUUCGGAUUAUCACACUCCGCUACAUUUAGUGUUUGUAUUUUUAAAUAUAUAAGCUAUCUGUAUUCUUAAUGUAGAAUAUCAAAAUUUACACAAUUUAGACCAUCAUUUCACCAAAGUUUUUAUCGUUCUAAAUUACGAAUACACGUAGUGUUCUGUCAAGAAACGUCACUACAUAACUCUGGUACCAAUUUUUAUAUUAGGCAUUAUUUUUUUUUACUUUACGGCCAAAGCCAAUUUCAUAAAUAGGUUAAUAACGCGCUCUCUACACUUAUCACUGCUAGUCUGCAAAAAGUAACGCAACCACGCAUAAUGCAUAUAUCUAACUUCAGGCCGGUCAUAAAGAUUGGUAUUAGUUAUACCCAGAUCUCAUUUAAAUUGAAUAAUAAUACAUUUAUGAGUAUAAAUAAUGUUGCGAAAUUUGAUUGUUUAAUACACAAAUCUUUAUGCAGUGAUGUUUCUUAUCGAUUGUGUAAGUGUUGACAAAAAUCGAUUAUUGAUAAGUCUCAGUCGAAUAUCGAUUGCAUUUUCAUACCGUAACUAUCUUGGGCCUUCUUGUACUGGCUAUAUUUAAGCAAGUUUUUUUUAUAUUUCAAUAAUUUUUCUUCCUUUCUAGCAUACUCAGCGAAAUUUUAAAUAUUUUAGACUUAUCGAAUACUAAAUUUUUGUCAGCACUAGUAGAGUUAGGUUACUUAAAUCUCAUUAUGCGUUACGUCCAUUUUUCAGCAUGAUCUGUUCCUAUGCUGUACAUCACAUUCGUUACCGCUUUCCGUACGUCCUAGUAUAGUUUCGUAGACUGAUUUCAAAGCGUCAUGGGCUGAUUGACGCUCUAAAACUACCCGCUUUGGGAAAAACUGCCUUUUUUUUGUAAGUUUAGUUUGUGAUUUGUGAAGAUUAUUGGUGAUGGAAGUUUGUAUUGAUUUUUAGCUAUUAUUUGGUAAAUUAAUUAACAGUAUUUCACGGAUUUGAAUCUCAGUUCCCUGUAACGGCACAAGACUAUUGUAUUUAUUUUUAUUAAUAUGCUUACCUUUGUAUAUUUAGUGUCUUUAUUUAUUGGAAUUAGAUUAGUUGAUGGCCAAAUUGAAUUGUUGAUUUGUAUUGGUGAUAUUCGGCGAACUGUGUGCAGUUGAAUAUAUUUGUAAGAACAUUAGGCACGAUGCGUUGGUAUGAUGCAAAGUUACAGGACUGGAUUAAUUGAAGGCUAAGUAGGUUUAAGAUCCCAAAAAACUAAUAAAAAAAUGACAAUUUAAAAUAAACUAUUAUUUUGAAAACAUGGGUCCUGAACCCUACACCUAUUGACCUAAUCCGGCCCUGUACUAAGUCACAGUAUCACUUUUAAUCAAAAGACUUUUAGUACCUAAAUUGAGUUAAGUUCCUUUUGAGUCCGCACUUUAGUUAAGGGCGCAAUCAGUUUCGUGCGCCGUAAAGGUGAUAUGAUGUCGUAUGAAAGACAGUAUUUUUGUAGUAACAGCAGACAGCUAGUGUGGUUCGGAGUGAGACAUUUAUUUAUUGUAGCGAACGUCUGUGAAGGACACGAGGAUUGUGUUGCGCAAUAAAGUUUGUAUGUGUA